UAUCCCUGUUUUGAUGGCGCAAAACUCGCAUCAAUACCAGAAGAACGGUGCUGAUAAUGAAAACAGUGAUGCAUUCAUCGCUGCAAAGCCUACAACCAAACGGAAGCGGACUCGUAAAACUGCUCCCCGUCACUCUCCUCCCCAACGUACCUCCACUUAUCGAGGUGUUACAAGGCACCGAUGUACGGGACGAUUCGAAGCUCAUUUGUGGGAUAAGGAUUGCUGGAAUGAAUCGCAGAACAAAAAAGGAAGACAAGUAUAUUUAGGUGCUUAUGCCGAUGAAGAAGCGGCAGCACAUGCAUAUGACUUGGCUGCAUUAAAGUACUGGGGACAUGAUACUAUCCUCAAUUUCCCAUUAUCAACUUAUGAAAACGAGCUAAAGGAAAUGGAGUGUCAAUCCAAAGAAGAAUAUAUUGGAUCUUUGCGCAGGAAAAGCAGCGGAUUUGCUCGGGGGGUCUCGAAAUACAGAGGCGUAGCCAGGCAUCACCACAAUGGAAGAUGGGAAGCUCGAAUUGGCAUAGUUUUUGGCAACAAAUAUCUCUACCUUGGAACAUAUGCCACACAAGAAGAAGCAGCGAUGGCAUAUGACAUGGCCGCCAUAGAAUACAGAGGACUUAAUGCUAUUACAAACUUCGACCUAAGUUGUUACGUUGAUUAUAUACGUUCAAAUCAUCGAAAUCAGUCGAAUGAUUCUGAAAAUCAUGAACGAGAUCUCAAACACGAUAUCGAUUCUAAAUUAGGGUUUUUCAUCGAGUCUCAAACUAUCUUUACAGGUGAUAAACGAUUAAUUGGUAACAAGGACUGUGCUAGAUCAAAAUCAUCAGCACUGGGUCAUUUGUUGCGAUCGUCGAGAUUUAAGAAAAUGCUAGAGAGGACCUCGGCAACAACGCGUCCAUCAAUGCCACCGAAACCCGAUGCACCUCGUCGAAGCUUUCCAGAUGACAUUCAAACAUACUUUGAUUAUCAAGAUUGUAGCAGCUAUACCAAGGAUGAUGAUAUUAUUUUUAGCGAUCUAAAUUCACUAGCGAUACCAUUGUUUCAUUGUGAACUUGAUGGCUAGAUUCAAUAAUGAGCUAAGUGGAUUUAGUGGCAAUAACAUAAUUAAAUUUGCAGGGA